AAAAUAAACUAAUCCAAAGCGUUUCUUUUAUCUGUGUCAUUAAUACUCGAAUCUUCCCAAUUCAAGGCAAGCUAGCUUGGAAAUGAUAGAAAAGAUAAGGCCAUUUAGGUAAAAUAUUGAAAUAGCGAUACAUAGAAAGCUCUACAUCUUCUUGUAGCGGCUAGUGUACGUUCAGGUGAAGCUCUCUACUUUGGAUUUCACAAAGCUCUUAUUUCCCCAACUGCAAAUCCAUAUCAAUUUGGAGAAUGAAGGUUUUCAAGGCCGAGGCAUGAUUGCAUUCAAGAUCUAGUAUUAUAUGUCUGGUAAAGGAGGAUCUGGGAGUUUUCUAUAUUUUAUGGUACAUUUCUGUCAGAGGAAGUUCGGUUUCUGCUUCUAAUAAAUGGAGUGACUGCAUCCUAUUUAACUGAAAAUGUUGGACCAUGCCAUAUGAUUUACCCAUGUUGUGAUUAAGAAAAACCUGGAUAAGUGCACAAAUCCUGAUGCGAUGGAAAACCAGUGCUUACCCCAAAGCAGUGAAGCGAUUCGUGAAGUUGGUUCAUCUGUUGGGAAUGAAGAAUCAAGAAAUUCUUCUUCUAUAUCACGUCACAGUCUAGAUAAGGAGGCAGCUUGUCGAGUGUGCCACUGUGCUGAAUCAGACAAGGUGGGAGUUGCUGCUUUAGGAUUUCUAGGAAUUAUUCCACCGGCACCAGGUAGCAGUGGAGAGGUGAAGCUUGAUUGUCAUCAACAUGUGAAAAAUGACGAAAACAGUAGCACGAAAGGAUCUGCACUAGUUGAAUUCAUAAGUCCAAAAGGAGAGGUGUUUGUUUGUAAUGGUGAUAUAGAGAUGGGUUCUUAUGAUGAGAACCAGGACUCCUUGAAUGAGCUUGGCUGUGCGUGCAAAAAUGAUCUUGCUAUGGUACACUAUGCUUGUGCACUUAAGUGGUUUGUCAACCAUGGAUCUACCAUAUGUGAGAUUUGUGGAUGUCUUGCAAAAAACAUUAGAACUUCGGAUUUCAAGAAAGUUGUGAGCUCUUUGAAGCAGUAUGAUGCAUUGAGGGAAAGGACUGCAAAUGGGGUCCCUAAUCCUGUGCCGGUUCUGGAAAACUCAACUGUAGAUCCUGAUGCUAUUGCAGCUAUUCGAAGGCAAAGGUUAAGUGAGAUUGCAUUGUGGUUCAAUCCCCAUAACAACUAUCCCACUGCAGUUGUUACUGAACCACCGGCUUCUGGCUCUAACAUUGUUACAGAAGAAGAAGCUCUUCCUGCAGAAAAUACGGCAACCAAAUGGGCUGUUGAGAGUACUGGGAUCCUGCUUGCUACAGGGCUUCUUACUAUCACUCUUGCAUGGCUUAUUGCUCCUCAUGUUGGGAAGACAACUGCCAAAAAUGGACUGCAUAUUCUUCUCGGAGGUGUUUGUGCGUUAACAGUUGUAAUAUUCUUCCGCUUUUUUGUGCUAACAAGAAUCAAAUAUGGCCCUGCUCGAUACUGGGCAAUCCUAUUUGUCUUCUGGUUUCUUGUGUUUGGUAUAUGGGCUUCAAGAACACAUGGUGCCCAUGCUACAUGAUCAUGAGGAUUUGGUGAUAUCUAAUUAGUGCGCUGAUGUUUAGCUUCUUCAUUGACCUAGUACUGCCAGUAAAGUUGUUGAGAUGAUUAUCAUAAUUCAUACGCAUCUCGGUGUGAUGCUACUAUGUUUAUGCAGAUGUAUUAAAAAAAAAAAAAUCUCUAUGUGCUGCUUUGCACGUGUAAGUCAAACCUCUUGAUUUUUCUUAUGCUAGGGACAUUGUUGAGGUAUUUCCUCAACAAAUCUCUAUGUCUAGACAAAUCAAAUUAAUUGUUUGGUCUCC